CCUGCCGGCUGCGGGAGCCCGCGACCGGAAGAGGGAGCGCGCGCGAUGGAGCUGCGGCGCCUCUGGCUGCUCUGCUGCUGCUGCGGCUGCUGUCCCGGCGCCGCCCCGGCCCCGCCGAGCGGCCGCAACCCGCCCGCCGCCUUCCGGGAAAGUCUUAAUAGACAUCGAUACUUGAAUUCUGUAUUUCCUGGUGAAAACUCCACUGCCGUCUAUGGAAUAAAUCAGUUUUCUUAUUUGUUCCCUGAAGAGUUUAAAGCUAUUUAUUUACGAAGCAGACCUUCCAGUUUUCCCCGGUUUUUGGCGGACGCGCACACAUCCAUCUCCAACGUGUCUUUGCCAUUAAGAUUUGACUGGAGGGACAAGCACGUCGUCACCCCAGUGAGAAACCAGCAGACAUGCGGCGGAUGCUGGGCCUUCACCGUGGUAGGAGCAGUGGAGUCCGCGUGCGCCAUAAAAGGGCAGCCUCUGGAGGCACUGAGCGUCCAGCAGGUCAUAGACUGUUCAUACAGCAACUACGGCUGCAACGGAGGGUCCCCGCUCAACGCUUUGAACUGGCUCAAUAAGAUGCAAGUGAAGCUGGUGAGAGAUUCAGAAUACCCGUUUAAAGCCCAGAACGGUCUGUGCCGUUACUUUUCUGACUCACAUUCUGGAUUUUCAAUCAAAGGUUAUUCUGCCUAUGACUUCCGUGACCAAGAAGACGAAAUGGCAAAAGCACUGCUUACCUUGGGCCCUCUGAUAGUGGUAGUAGAUGCCGUGAGCUGGCAAGAUUAUCUGGGAGGCAUCAUACAGCAUCAUUGCUCUAGCGGAGAAGCAAAUCACGCUGUUCUGGUAACCGGCUUUGAUAAAACAGGAAGUACCCCGUACUGGAUCGUGAGGAACUCCUGGGGAACUUCCUGGGGCAUAGACGGCUGUGUCCACGUAAAAAUGGGAGGAAACAUUUGUGGUAUUGCAGAAUCUGUUUCUGCUGUAUUCGUGUGAUAUGUUCGCCAGAUCAAGAGACAGAUACAAAACCGAAGGCUCAUCAUGAGAUGUGAUACUUCAUUCUUGGCAUUUUCAUCUUUAGGCUUUUGCAACUACCCACAAAAGACAGGCUCUAGGGCCUGGUCCUGCUGAAACUAUUGAUAAGUUGUAGAACGUUCUCUUCUUAGAGAGAGAUGGACAAGGUCAGAAGGAAGAAAACCAGCACCAUGGCCUGGGACGAAGUCUGUGGGACAGUUUCCUACUGGGAGGACGGUCAGAUUAGGAGGUAUUUUAGGUCUCUUCACUCUGAAAAGGCUAUUGUCUGGUUUGUUUGAUCAUUGUUUCUGUUUGCCGUUUCUUUAUUUUUAAUGAUGUAUUUCCAAUCGGAUUAAAGAGGUGAUAAGAAUCCCUUUUCCUUUAUGGGAUAAAAUCACC